AGAGUUACCAUACGUCUGUACUUCACCAUGUUCUACGGCCACUCUCACAUUGCUAGGUCAUUAUCAAGGGCGGCGGCUACUUCGCAGCGCCGUUUUGCCUCUACCAAGACUAUCCGCGAUGUGCUGGAGGAAGUUAUCCCAGUCAAGCAGGCGCGCCUUAAGCAGCUCAAAGCAGAGCACGGUCAAACUGUCAUCGGCGAUGUGAAGGUCGAACAUGUAAUUGGGGGUAUGAGAGGGUUGAAAGCUAUGCUAUGGGAGGCGUCUGUCCUGGACCCCAUGGAGGGGAUUAGGUUCCACGGCUUGUCCAUCCCUGAGUGUCAAAAAGUGCUUCCUGCUGCACCCGGGGGCAAGGAGAUCAUCGCGGAGAGCAUGCUUUGGCUCCUGCUCACAGGCAAAGUGCCCACGGAAGCAGAGACACGGCAGCUCUCUCGCGAGCUAGCGGAGAAGGGCGAGCUGCCCGAUUACCUGGUAAAGCUCAUCGACUCGCUUCCUGCGAGCCUACAUCCCAUGACACAGCUCGGGAUGGCCGUCGCGGCGCUGAACCACGAGAGCGCCUUCCAAUCUGCUUACGAACGAGGCAUCAAGAAGAGCGAGUACUGGACGUACGCCCUGGAAGAUAGCAUGAAUCUCCUGGCGCGGCUCCCGGCCAUCGCUGCGCGCAUCUACCGGAACGUUUACAACCCCGGCACACCUAUUCCUAGCGUCAACAAGGAUCUGGACCUCGUCGGAAAUUAUGUCAACAUGUUAGGAUACGGUGACAAUCAUGAUCUUACCGAGUACCUCCGAUUAUACAUCGCUCUGCAUGGGGAUCACGAAGGCGGCAAUGCUUCGGCGCACACGUCUCACUUGAUUGGUUCAACCCUCUCGGAUCCAUACCUUGCCUAUGCCGGCGCGCUCUUCGCGCUUGCCGGUCCUCUACACGGUCUGGCGAACCAGGAGGUAUUGCGAUGGCAACUGAACAUGCAGAAGGAGAUUGGCGACAACGUCUCGCACGACGACAUCAAGGACUUCCUCUGGCGGACGCUGAAAAGUGGACAGGUCGUACCUGGAUACGGACAUGGUGUCCUAAGGAACCCUGAUCCGCGCUUUAUCGCGCUGCAGCAGUUCUGCGAGACCCGUCCAGAGCUGCUCAAGGACCCUGUGAUCCAACUUGUCAAGAAGACCUACGAUGUAGCACCGGGCGUGCUGAUGGAACACGGCAAGACGAAGAAUCCCUUCCCCAACGUUGACGCUGCUUCGGGCUGUGUGUUGUAUCAUUAUGGUCUCACGCAGUUCAAGUACUAUACUGUCAUCUUUGGAGUCUCCAGAGCGUUGGGUUGCCUUACGCAGAUUGUUUGGGCCAGAGCCCUUGGAAUGCCUAUCGAGCGACCCAAGUCCUUAUCCAUGGAUACCAUCGAGACGCUCGUCAAGAGUUCAUAGGACGUGUUGCUGUGGGACAUGUAUGUAAGAGAAUGGGCAGGGUAUCUGCGCGUGGCUCCGGGAUGAUGGACAAUCGGAACCACGGAUUGGAUGUAUAUUUACUACAACCGCAUCAUCUGCCGUCAAUAUCAACUGGAAGGGACAGCACAAA